AGCAAGUCAUGAAAAAUUCUCAAUGGAAAGAGUCCCAAGAGCCUAGAAGCCCAUCCGCCUUCUUCUGUCUUGCUGGGGGCUGCCCAACAAAGCCCAAUCCCCAUAUCCCCACUCCCCUUGUUGAGGCCUAAAUGCGCAAUUCAGAGUACCUUAAGAAACUGCUCCAAUGCGGCCAAUGCUUUUGUAUCGUGUCAUCUCCGUGGCAGUCCCGACCCACCACUGACAAAUCACAAGAUGACCCACCAUCGGCUGCAACCACGCAGUAAUACCACCAAGCAUCUUACUUUUCCUGGUCGGUUAAGUAGAUCACUAUUGCCCAGAGUAGAAACUCCUGCUUCCCGGCCACAGGGAGAGAGAGAGAGAGAGGGAGCGGUGGUACCCAUCUUCACGUCUCCUUUAUAAACUCAAAGAAGCUUGAGCGGCACAGCCCAAAAGAAAUUCGCAAAAAGCUCCUCUUUCUUCCACGCAAUAUUGGACCUCUCUUUCUCCUUCUUUCCCCGUCUUUCUUUGAUUUCUUUUAGUCAUUCAGUCCUUCCGUGAAUAACCUUCUUUCCUAUAUUUUUUGGGCACCAAUUCUUUGAUUUUUUCUGUUCUGAUUGUCUUGUUUCGUAAAAUUCCUUUCUGGGUACCAGUAAAAUCCGCUAAUUUCUAUUCUACCCUGUUUGACGGAUUUUUUGCUUAAUCGGACACAACCUUUGGUUGUCGCAGGCUCUGAUUCUUUGAAGGUUCCAAAGAAGGCUAUCCGGGUGAACUGUUGUAUUGAGUAGCUUUGCCCCCCUGGCUUGCAAAAUAAUGACUUUCAGAAAAUUGCCCUAGCUAUCCAAGCAGGUUGGGGGAUGGACUGGCUGUUGCCUAUUGUUAUCAUCUGUGAAUGAUGUUCAGGGGGCAAACAGGUGCAAAUGCAAAUGCUUUUAGCAUCUUCAAAUGGAAACGACAUGGUGAAUCAUCUUUGACUGCAGGAUUGCUCAAUGAUGUGCCUCCUGAGAUUGAAUUGUCUGAAUAUGGAAGGGUGCCAAGUCCUGGUAGUGAGAGCCCUUCCGGGCUUCUUAAUGGGGAGAGCUUGAAUGUGGAGCCAAUUGCCGAUUUGGACCUGUUUUUUGAAAGGCUUUACAGCUACUAUUGUGAGAAAGGACUUUGGUGCAUUAUUAUAAAGUGGAUGGUUGAGCUUUUGAGCUUGGGUUUUACCAUAUGUUUCUCAGGUUUUUUCUUACUAUUUGUUGACUGGAAUGGUCUUCGCAAUGCUAAGUGUGGGAUGGAUGCUGUUGAAUCUGGAAUUAAGCCCUGCGAUCUUGCUAAGGAUGCUCUUCAUCAACACCCAUUAACUCCUUUUACACUUUCCAAAGCUAUCAUUGUUGGGUAUCUAGGGAUAUUUUCUAUUUAUUGGAUCUUCUGCUUUUUGAGAUUUUUUGCACAACUAAAGGUUACUCUUGGAAUACGUCACUUCUAUUAUGACAGUCUUCAUGUUACAGACAAUGAGAUUCAAACCAUGCCGUGGGCAUCAAUACUUGAAAAGGUUGUUCAAUUACAAAGUUCACAGCAACUAUGUGUGGUUAAGGAUCUUUCUGAGCAUGAUGUGGUGAUGCGGCUGAUGCGGAAGGAGAAUUACUUGAUUGGAAUGCUCAACAAAGGGGUGCUUGCUUUUCCAAUAUCUCAGUGGAUCCCAGGAUCUGGUCCAACUGUCAAAUUUGGGUCAAAUGGCACACAACAUCGUCUGAUACUAACUAAGACCCUUGAAUGGACCUUAAAUUGGUGCAUACUGCAGAGCAUGUUUGAUCAAAACUUCUGCGUACAAAGGGACUUCAUUUCUAACCCUAAAACGUUAAAAAAAAGGCUCAUGGUUGUUGGGCUUGUGAUGCUUCUACUUUCUCCAUUUCUUGUCAUAUUUAUGUUGGUGUAUCUCUUUUUGAGGCAUGCCGAACAAUUCUAUAAUCAUCCAAGCACAGCCUCGUCUCGAAGAUGGUCAAAUUUGUCAAAGUGGAUCUUUAGGGAAUUUAAUGAGGUUGAUCAUUUAUUCAAGCACCGGAUCAACAGCAGUGUACUACAUGCUUCUGAUUAUCUGAAGCAGUUCCCCUCUCCAAUUAUUUCUAUAGUUGCUAAAUUUAUUUCUUUUGUGUCUGGUGGCUUUGCUGCCAUUCUCAUCAUCAUUGCGUUUCUGGAAGAAUCUUUGCUAGAGGGCCAUAUAUUUGGGCGCAACCUGUUUUGGUAUGCUGCUGUUUUUGGAACUAUUACAGCUAUUAGCAGGGCUGCAAUAGCUGAUGAGCUUCUGGUCCUUGAUCCUGAAGGGGUAAUGUCUUUGGUUGUCCAACAUACACACUAUAUGCCAAAGGGAUGGCGAGGCAAAGAAAAUACAGAGAUGGUCCGGAUAGAAUUUGAAACCCUGUUUCAGUAUACAGGCAUGAUGUUGCUGGAAGAGAUGGCCUCAAUUUUCCUCACCCCUUACUUACUAUUAUUUGUUGUCCCAAAGCGUGUGGAAGACAUUUUGCAGUUCAUUGCAGAUUUUACUGUGCAUGUUGAGGGUGUUGGUCAUGUUUGCAGCUUUAGCGUGUUUGAUUUUCAGAGCCAUGGCAAUAGCAACUAUGGUUCACCACACAAUUCAUCUCGUAGCCAGAGGAGUUCCCAGGGGAAAAUGGAAAAAUCAUUCUUGAGCUUCCAUAGCAGCUACCCCUCAUGGGAACCAAAAGCUCAGGGAAAGCAGUUCCUGUUGACUCUUAGAACAUUCAGGGAGCAAAAGUUUCAAGGACAGGGAUCUAGACCUGCUUAUUCGCCUCAGAGAAUGUGGCGAGGGAGCCCGAACUUAAGAAACCAAGGGGAAAGAAACAGCUUUUUCUCAAGGGAAAUGCCUCAUAAUAGUCCCACGAGUGGGCAUCAGUUGGGUUCUCUUUGGUUGAUUGAUGUGGAUCAAAAGAACCAUCCUUAUCUUCUUGAUUGGUAUUACACCUCCCAGCCUCACCAUGCAACAAAUUACUCAAGAAAUGCACCAGCAGCUGCUUUUGAAGUGGUCGAAGAAGGCCAUAAGGAUUUUUGGAUGCCAUCCAAUUUGGCUACUAAUGAUGCAAAAUAUGAGGAAUACUGGGGACACCAUUUUGAGGAUCGAUCACGGAGUCAUUUGGAAGCUUCUACAUCGACUCCUUUCUUUGGGGAAAGUGUACUACAGCAUCAUGACCUGGGUAACCUGGCACAACAGACAAGGAGCCAUUGGUGGGCUAGAAGUGAUCCACAGGGUUUGGGGCCCCAGACAAGUUUUCUCGAACCUCCUGACUUCAAUUGCCCAGUGCCAUACAAUCACUAUGAUAAUAUAUCUGAUAAAAGUUUAGAGGAGCAAGAAGAACACUUGGAUUGGAGAAAUGCUCGCAAGUUGUCUCGGACGAAUUUCAUGGAUGACUUCGAGACCGAGGGUGAAAUUAGUCUUCAUUUUGAUGAUAUUUAUAGCAGACCACCUGAACCCAUGAACUUUGAAUGAUCAGGUUACAUUUGAUUCAUUUAGGCUCAUAAGAUUAUUCAGAGGCUCUUGCUUCAUUUAUCCUUGUAAGGGUUUCCGAAAAAAAAUCAAUCAAAAUCUCUGUUCUUAUAAAUGGGGAACCCUGUAUUCUUUGUUGUAUAUAAAUUCUUGGUGAGGUUAGAUUCUUAGAAGGCCUCAACUCAUGCUCGGGCCCAGGGGUCAAAACUCUUGUGAGCCUUCUGAAGUGUAAAGACAAACACAAACUAUUGAUCAUCUAAAUUCCUCAUUCCAUUUUCAUUUA